GAAAAACCGCCACUGCACUGGUUCAGUCGACGACCGCCGACCAUCGUGAAAGGUCGAUUCAUUUAAUCCGUUGUACACAAUUAAAUUAAUUAUCAUAUUGAAGGAAGUGCAGCGUAUAAGGAAUUUUAUUUUUAGUUUAGUGAAAAGUGCAGUUUUCUUUGUUGUUUUUUCUCUAUAGUAAAAGAACUGAAAAUGGUAAAAAUCAAACACUUACUGGCACUAUGUGCCUGUAUUCAAGGAAUAUUAACUACGCCACUGGGCUACACAAUAACCCAAGACGAUUGGGACUACAAAAUCCAACAGAAAAACGCCCCCGUAUUAAAGGCCCGAGCGCAAAAUCACACUUUACCGCCCGCCUUUUCGGCCGACGCCAGCACUGGGCGUCUCAUGUGGGGCCUGGACUACAACGACAAAUCGACCAAUUUGCCGCUUUUUGUGGACAAGGCUUUAAAAUUGCUGAAUUUAAAACAAGUGGCCUUUGAAAUCGAAAAUUCCGUCAUGUCCCAAGUGUCAUGUACAGCUUGCAGAGCCGGCGCCGGGUUGUUGCAGCAUUACACGAAAACCGGAAAAUCCGAGAAAGAAAUCAAAAAAACCAUCUACACUUUUUGCAUAAAUUUGAAAAUCCAGUCGCCGAGGGUGUGCGAAGGCAUUACCGAACUGUUUGCCGGCGAAGUCAUACACGUUUUGGGAAAAGUCAAUAUCGGCCCCGAUGAGAUUUGCAGUUUUGUAAUUGGUGACGCAUGUGGCGACAUCUAUAAUCCGUAUCACGAAUGGGAGGUAGUUUUUCCGCCGGUACCGAAACCUGCAAUCAUUGAUCCGAAAACACCCGAACCCGAUGCACCGACAUUUAAAGUUUUACACAUUUCUGAUACCCAUUAUGAUCCUUACUAUAUGGAAGGCGCAAAUGCCGAUUGUUCUGAGCCGCUUUGUUGUCGACUUACCAAUGGGCAUGCGCUGACCAAAGAAUCGGCGGCCGGAAAAUGGGGCGACUACCGGAAAUGUGACACGCCCAAAAUAACCGUCGACCAUAUGCUCAAACACAUCCAAGAUACCCAUACGGACAUUGACUACAUAAUGUGGACUGGCGACUUGCCCCCGCACGACAUCUGGAACCAAACCCGAGAAGAAAACGUCAAAAUUUUGAAGGAAACUGUCAAACAAAUGUCAACGAUGUUUCCCGGGAUACCGAUCUUCCCGGCACUAGGAAACCACGAGGCGGCACCUGUCAACAGCUUCCCGCCUCCAUUUGUCAAAACACCGGACACGUCAAUCGCCUGGCUGUACGACGAAUUAGACGUCCAAUGGCGGAAAUGGCUACCGAGUUCAGUGAGUACCACGGUACGACGUGGCGCUUUCUACUCGGUACUGGUACGACCCGGUUUCCGACUCAUUUCCCUCAACAUGAAUUAUUGCAACAACAAAAACUGGUGGCUACUGCUCAACAGUACCGACCCGGCUACAGAGCUACAGUGGUUCAUUUACGAACUACAAUCGGCCGAAUUUAACGAAGAAAAAGUACACGUCAUUGGUCAUAUUCCGCCCGGUCACUCCGACUGUCUAAAAGUCUGGUCGAGGAAUUACUACGCGAUAAUAAGUCGAUACGAAUCGACGAUAAUUUCGCAAUUUUUCGGGCACACGCACUACGACGAAUUCGAAGUUUUCUACGAUCACAAAGAGUUGACGAGGCCGAUAGGGGUCGCUUAUGUCGGGCCGUCAGUGUCGCCCUACUACGACUUGAAUCCGGGCUACAGGAUUUACUACGUGGACGGGGACCAUGAGAAAACUACCAGGGCCGUAGUCGACCACGAAACUUGGACCAUGAACUUGCGAGAAGCCAACCUUUAUGGGUACCCAAUCUGGUUCCAACUCUACAGCGCCCGUCAAUCAUUCGGCAUGGACGCACUGCGCCCGCGCGACUGGGACGACCUCGUCGAGCGCAUGACCAACGACCCGAAACUGUUCGAGUUGUUUUACAAGUACUACUACAAAGCGAGUCCGGUACGACCUGUUUGCGACCAAGAGUGCAAAAAGAAGAUUUUGUGCGACUUGCACUCGGGUCGAUCCCAUGAUCGAAAAAAUUUGUGUCAAUCGAUAGAAUCUCGUAUCGAUUCUACAUCGACAACAUGGAAGGAUUGGUUUUACAAUACGAUAUCGGUUUCUCAGGUGUAGGCGAGGCUUUAAAGGCGCUUGAAUGUCAAACGGGUUUCAGUGAUCAUGUCGAUACCGAGGCUGACGAUGCAAGUGCCGAAAUACGUCUUAGGAUUAGGAUAAAUAAAUAAAUAAAUAAAUAAAUAAAUAAUCAGGCUGUGUAGGACUGUAUUUUUGUAAAUAAAGCUUUAUUUUUCUGUAAAUGAGUUUUUU